GUAAUAAUAUGCGCCCACGCACGCGUGAGAGAGUGAGCGUGUAGUAUACGCUCCCCUCGCGCUUCCUACCCUUUCGCUUUACCAAACAGCUCGGUCAGUACCGACCCCCCGACCCAUCUACCCACGCCUUGUUAAUGAAAACAUCUUUUGUCAAUGAACUGACGUCAGCCCGUUCGUUGAUUGGUCGGUUGGCACGUACCACGUGAUCGUGCGCCAAUCAACGGAGAGGCAAGUUUCCCCUACGCUCGAGGAUCCAAGCGCCAUUUGCCCAUUCUGGACGGAAGAACGCUCGAGGUAAGGUGUGGCCUGCAGCAGGCUGGCUAGAAGGCCACGAACGACAGAGAGUGUGAGAGAGACAGAGACAGAGGUUGAAUCGCGUAAGAUAGAAGGAAUAAGAAAAAGAAAGCGAAAGGAAGACAGAAGGCGAGGAGACACGAGAAUCGUUGAGCCGUGGCUGCUGUGGGUCGGCGGUGAGGAGAGAGACUCCCGAAAGAGAAGGAAACAAAAAAAAAAGAACAGGAAGUCGGUACGGCGACCAAGGGAAGACGCGUCGAGGCAAUGUUGGAGGGAUUCGUGAGGUGAGGGCGACGGUCCCGAGUCGCGCAGCGCCCGAGAUACGCGACCGAUCUCCCAAACUAAAUACCUCGUUUGCUCUGACCGAAUUCGAAUCAACCGUUGACGCGGCUCCCUGGUACACGCGCACAGCAUCCCUUUCUCCGUUGGAUCCCAACGAGAAGAAUCGAAGCUUGGCCCGAGUGGAUUCACCGCGAAACGAAAACAUCAGCAACGGAUAUGUACGGGAAGAAUCUAAGUCGGGGCCGCGUCUAUCCGUCGUGAGGAUAAUGCCACCGCUCAACCCAAUCGAGAUGAUGUCAGUUCACGUGGAACCCUCUUUGAUCUUAGUUUGAGAUCGAUCGUUUACCCUGGGUUGGACAACGCGUGGAUCAUGCAUUUCUCGUACGAGGAACAACAUUCCGUGGAUGUGGCGUUAAUUGGACUUGUCGUCUUUAUUUACAAAAGGAUCAAUAAUCGAGACGAGUUAGCGGUGGCAGCGGCAAAGGAGAAGGAGGAGGAGUAAAAACGGCAUUAAACUGCCGCAGGAAGUGAUGGCAACACGUGAGAAAACCUCGAAUCGGGAUAUUGACACGCGAGAAUAACGACAACGUGCGUCUGGAUGCCUCUAUGGGAUAUGUACUACUAUUACAACUCUAAGUGCCAUUUCAUCAUAUUCAAUAAAUAUUAAUAAUAGAUAUAUAUAUAUAUGAAACACAUGCACCUACACAGACACAGAGACACACACAUGAAAGAGCGCUAAAUGUACACAUACUUAUUUCACAUUGAUCAUAAAUGAGCGAAUAUGUAACAAGUUUUCUCUUGCGAGACAAAUGUCAUGCGUGCGCUUCAACUAUCUUAUACGAAUCAUUGAUAACACGUUACACGGAAGUGCCAUAAGAUGAAAGAGAUUCUUUCGACACUGUGAAAACUCAGGUUUCUGCUUCUUGGAACACGGUGGAAUCUAUGGAGAUAAGAUAUACAUUUGCGAAUAGAAACAGGUGCGUUUCAAAAGGAACAUAAAAGAAGUCACAGGCCAAAGAAGCGUCAGGAGAUUUAAUUAAAACGUACAACCAUGCCAGGGGGAAAUGUUACGGAGGAGGAGUUUGUGGACCCCGAAUGGCUUUUCAGAGAGCUUAGAUCUCGAGAAGGUCCAAGCAAACUUCUGAUAUUAGACUGUAGAGCGCAUUCUGAUUUCUCUGAAGCUCAUAUAAGAGGUUCGGUUCCUUUAGCCAUACCUAGCAUCAUGCUGAGAAGAUUGGCAGCAGGUAAAGUUGAUCUGCUGUCGACGAUAAGGUGCUUAGAUCUAAGAAAUCGAGUUGAAGUGUUUCUGUGCGGUGAUGAAAAUAGCAGAGGGACAUUUGUAUUGAUCGGUGACUCCACUGACCCUGCAGGACAUCAGGGUGAAACGAUUCAAGUUUUAACUCGAAGGCUUAGAAGUAGCGGAGGAUGUGUAGCUAUUUUAAUGAAUGGCUUCGAAGCGUUCAGAAAUAGAUAUCCUGAAUGGUGUGAAGGUAGCCAGACUACCGGUGAAGGUCCUCCUGGUCAGGACUCUAACGAUGGAGAAUUAAUGGGUCUCAGAUCUCUUCGGAUAUCUACUCCACCGACAAGGUCAUACUCAGACUCUGACAGUGAUAGUACGUGUGAUUCUGUUGGACCCGAAGAAGAUAAAGACUUCCCAGUUGAAAUCUUGCCCCACUUGUAUCUUGGAAACGCGGCAAAUAGCGGAGAUAGAGAGGCUCUAGCGCGUCAUAGGAUACAAUACAUUCUGAAUGUAACCCCAGAUUUGCCAAAUGUAUUUGAAAGCGCGGGUUCCAUGAAAUACAUGCAAAUACCUAUAAGUGAUCAUUGGAGCCAGAACUUAGCUAGUUUCUUUCCCCAAGCAAUUCAAUUCAUUGAGGAAGCACGGAGCUCGGACAAAGGAGUGCUGGUUCACUGUUUAGCUGGAGUAUCUCGGUCUGUUACAAUCACCGUUGCUUACCUUAUGCACAAGUGUAGCCUCAGUUUGAACGAUGCUUUCAAUCUAGUACGUAGUCGAAAAUCGAACGUUGCCCCAAAUUUUCAUUUUAUGGAACAGUUACAUAGUUUUGAAAAGGAACUGAGAGAUCGUGGUGACCGAAACAGAGGGAACGAUCAGAGAUGUAUCGGAGCCUGCCGACCCGGGGGACCCUGUAAUUGUCCAGCGCCCAGUUUCCUUAGCCCCAUCGAUUUAGGUCUAAGCCCAGACUCGGGAAUAGAAUUUGAUAGGUGGGCGUCGAGUACGCCGGCUGAAUGAGACGGGCAAGGGGGGACCCAAUAUAAAUUUUAGGUCCCUCCUAUCAUGCUGAAUGCAAUUUUAGAGAAUGAUAAGCCGUAAUUGAAGGGUGCAGGAAACGAAGUUUACAUUCAGCUAGGAAAAUACAUCCCUAGGACAAUUGAAACCACAGUGUAAAAGUAGAUAAUUAGGUAUGUUCGUUGAGUACUAACUCCUGAAGAGAACUAACUCGUCGCACGUUGUUAAAUGGCUGAGCCUUUCUAGUAUUUUUCUAUGUACACGCAUUGUUUUCUCCAGGCUUUGCAAGCCACAAUUCUAUUAUACUCCAUACAAAGAAGUUGAAUGAAUUACUAAAACAAAUAAAAAAUUUGUUUUUCAAAAAAGAUACUUAAUUUGAUAAAUAAGAUAUUAUUAUGAUUCUAAAAUUUCUCAUAUAUAUAAUACAUAGUCAAAUUAUUAUAAUACAUAAGUCAUGUUAAAAAUUUAGGAAAAAUAAGUAGGACUGUUAAAGGGUUCUAUAACAAUUUUUCUAAGUUAUCACUAUAGUGUUAAAUAUUGAAAGUAUUUUAUAAAUUAAAAUCUGUACUUUCUUACUACGAUCGUCAUUGUACAUUGAUAUAUUAUCAGAUAUCAAUUUCAAACUUCUUUUAUGUGAACGGUAGUAGUGUCUGAAAUAUCUUGAAUUUAUUCAGCACUAUGUUAUCCUCGUAUAUUUCUAGGAUACAAUUUUAUACGUACACUAUAUCCCCGAAGGACAAAGUCUAUAUUUUUAAUACUUAUUCCCUGAACCCUUCAAUUAACGAGGCUGUGUUUGUUUUAUCGCAAGACGAUGCUUAUUCGAAGUGACACGUGUUCUCUGAUGAAAAUAACUCGUCGAAACACCAGGCAAUCACAAGUAGUUGAAAUAAACUAAUUAACUGCUUAAAAAGAAAACACACACCACAUACACACACACACAUAACUAAGUUUAAGUUCGGAGGUACAAAAUUGAGAAAAAUCAUUCUCGUACUCAACAGUAUAGAUUAAAGAUAAAAAAAAGUUAUACACGAGGUAAUUCGAAGCUCGAGCGUCGUAAUUUUUGACAUAGUUUUUCAAUACACAAAAGUGACUUAUCUUGAGAAGGGUAUUCUUGAUGCAUUCUGACUUUUAAGAUGCAACGUUGUGUGCACACUCUCUCGAAAAAUAAUCUCGGUUAAAUAAAAUUAAGGAGUACAUCUUUAUGGAUCGGUGCAUUUCUAUAGGGCAUUCCGAAUCUCUUCUACUUCCAGAAAAAAGAAAACGGGGAAAAGAAAGUCAGGGUCGUCGUAGAAAGAAAAUUUGAGAAUCUGAACAUCAUACAAAUGAAACGAGCUUCUCUUAAUUAAAGGGAAACACGAGGGAUCUUCAUCUACAGGAUGUCCCAGAAAGAGUGUUAGUCCCUUAAGAGGAUGAUAGCUGGGGUGAUUCUGAACAACAUUUUUGCAAAGGAAAAUGAUGUUCAAAUUCACCCCAGCUACCAUCCCCUUAAAGCAGGCCUGUCCAAGUAAGGGAAUUCACACCUGGAACACAUGUUUUGGGUCCCCUUCCAACGGUGCUUCUUCAAGUAAGAUAGGACCGUUCUGACUACGUCUUUCCUAGCGGCAGUAUUGUCUCCUUGGUCCCAUCUUACUUGAAGGAGCAGCGUUGGAAGGGGACCCAAAACAUGUGUUCCAGGAGUGGAUUCCUCUACUUCGACAGGCCUGCCUUAAAGGACUAACACUCUUUCUGGGACAUCCUGUAUAAAGGUUGAGAUUUCUGCGUUUCCUUUUAAUCCAGACAAGUCUAUGUUGCACCAAAAUGUAUAGCACCAGAGUCCAUAACUGCGAAGACCAGUUUUCGUUCUUUGCGCAUCUCCAGUACGCAUCUUCGCCCUGAUUGGCGAUACUCCCAAGCGAAGUGGCAAGCGAUUGGCGGAGAGCUCGCUGCGUUCCCCCUCCAUCUUCUAACCUGCACGUCGCAGUUAUGGACUCUGGUGAACUGCGGUAUAGAUCAGAUAACUGAUCUGACAGUAAUUCUGUAUAAUUAAUCUUCAAGAUUUAUCGAACAAGAAAUUUUCUUUGUACGAUGAUCUCGAUUCUGUGCGCGUUACUACAGGAGUAAGAGUAAAAUAAACUAUGUACGACAAUUUGAAUGCUAAAUUUUGAAUUGUACGAUCAGCACUGUUUCUAUUGUCUUGCAGAUCUCAGAAUAUAUAUUUAAAAUUAUUUUUGUAAAAAUGAAAAAAGAAAAAAAAAUGAAAUCGCGUAUUCACAUUCCCAUAAGCCACAAUGACCUGAUACUGUAACUAUCUUUCGUGUACUAUAUGUAUUGUUCAUCGAGCAUAAUUGAAGUUAAUAUUGAGUGUACACAGUGAAUGUUAUUUUUCAUGUAAUUAACUAAAAGGAAAGAAGAAAAAAAGAAAGAAAGAAAAAAAAACAGUUGUGGUAAUCGACUCUUGACCAUUUGCAAGAGUUAAUUGAUAUACAACUAAGGAAAUAUAUAUUUGACGUUAAUGUAAUAACAAUAUUCUACUAUUACACUGUUGUCUGUUGUAUGUUUAUCGAGCACGAUGCUCGAAAGAUUUAAUCAAAUAUUAUGUAUAUUACAUAAAUUAUUAUUUUAUAUUCAUCGUUGUA